AUGGACAGGUUUUUGACAACAAAAAGACCAAAGGAGAAGACCAACAGCCCUGCCGUGGAGGACUCUGCUGCAAAAAACCCUAAGAACUCAUGGCCAACUAAAAACCGAAAAUAUGAGGCAGCAUACAUUAAGUAUGGCUUUACAGCCAUACAGAAAAAUGGCCAUGAUUGCCCGAAAUGCGUCCUCUGUCUGGAGACCCUCUCAAACGAGUGUUUAAAACCAUCGAAACUUCAGCGUCACUUGACACAAAAACAUCCGGCAGAGGCCGAUAAAACAGUAGACUUCUUCAGACGUAAAGAAGAGCAUUUGGUCAGGCAAUCUGCUGCAUUCACACAGCAAGCCACCGUGCCCGAGCGGGCCCUGAAGGCAUCAUUUUUAGCCUCGUACCACAUUGCUCGUGCUAAAAAACCUCACACAAUUGGAGAGGAUUUGAUUCUGCCAGCUACCAAAGACAUUGUCCGAGAAUUGCUUGGUGAGGAUGCUGCCAAAAAAAUCGACGCUGUCCCACUCUCUGAUAACACCGUGAGCCGACGGAUUGGUGACAUGGCUCAGGACGUAUCUGCUCAGCUUUUGGAGCAGGUGAGAGCCAGCGAAUACUUUGCACUUCAGCUUGAUGAGAGCACAGAUUUAUCCAAUGAGGCCCAACUGCUUGUGUACAUUAGAUUUAUUUCCCAGGAAAGAUUUGUGGAGGAAAUACUAUUUUGUAAAGCACUUGAAAGAAGAACCACUGGGAAAGACAUUUUUCAAGUUUUGGACAAUUACAUUGAGUCUAACGGAUUAGACUGGACCCGUUGUGUGGGGGUGUGUUCGGACGGAGCCGCGGCAAUGACCGGGAAGAUCAAUGGAGUGACCGCUCUCAUCAAGCAGAAAGCCCCGCAUGUAGUGACCACACACUGCAUGCUCCAUCGCGAGGCACUUGUUGCAAAAAGGAUGGAUAACGAGUUGAAUCAGGUACUACAGGAGGUCAUACAAGUAGUGAAUUUUAUUAAAGCUCGCCCCAUGAAACACAGACUGUUUACAGUGCUAUGUAAUGAGAUGGGCGCCCGUUUUGAGGGGCUGCUGCUUCACUCGAACGUGCGCUGGCUGUCACGGGGCGCAGUUUUAAACCGUGUCUAUGAGCUGCGGAGGGAGAUUGCAGAGUUCCUCUCAUCUGAAAAGCAUCAGCUGGCAGAUCGGUUCACCGAUGCAACCUGGAUCCGCAAACUUGCAUACAUGUCAGACAUUUUCCAGCAUCUAAAUGUACUGAAUCAAAGCAUGCAAGGGCGUGACACGUACAUACUGCAGGUGCAAGACAAAGUGCGUGCUUUUUCCAAAAAGAUUAUGCUGUGGUCAAACAAGCUCCAGGAGGGAGUUACAGAAAUGUUCCCACUACUUCACCAGGAGCUGCUGUCAUGUGAUGACUUGGGCUCCAUCUCUCCAUUGAUCCAGUCCCACCUGGAGCACCUCCAAGGAUAUUUCAAAGACUAUUUCCCUGACCUUGAAAACACACAUUUAAACUGGGUUAGGAACCCCUUUGCCCCCGGUGUUGGUUCUAGUUUGGAUUUAAAGUCACAGGAGGAGCUGAUUGAGAUGACAAACUCAGGGGAUUUCAAACUGACCUUUGAGGCUGUUCCCCUGUCUAACUACUGGCUACAUGUAAGAAAGGAGUAUCCCACCUUGGCUGACAGGGCACUGAAAUGCCUUCUCCCUUUUGCAACAACCUACUUGUGUGAGUCUGGCUUUUCCACUUUAAAAGUGCUUAAAACAAAACAUAGAGCACGUCUACACAUGGACAAUGACAUGCGUAUGGCACUGACAGACAUUAAGCCCAGGCUGGACAAACUGUGUAGGAGCCACCAAGCCCAUCCCUCCCACUAG